AUGACAGAUACAGGAUUUUUGGACCCAAAUAAGCUUUUUUUGCAAACUUUCAGCUUUUGGUUUGAAAAGACGGGAAUAAUCAAAUAUCAGUCAUUAGGUAGUGACCUUAGAAGUAUCAUUCAGGAUCAUCAUCAACAAUUUAUUAUCAACACUGUCAAUGAAAACAAUAUCAUCACCCUAGAGGAAUUAAAGAUUCUACUUUUGGAAGAGUUUGACAACAUUCAGAGCAUUAGUGUAUCCACUCUGUGCAACUUUCUAAAUAAUGUUGAAAGGAUUACACUGAAGAGGUCGACUCCAAUAGAAGAGAAGAGAAACAAUGAAGAGACUCGUCACAAAAUAAAGGAUUUUAUAUUAAACCUUCAACCUGAAGGGAUUUUAUACAAUUAUAAUUGUAUUUUUAUUGAUGAGACAGAGUUUAAUAUCAACAUGAUUAAAGGCCGCUCUCAAUCAAAAGCUGGCGCACCAGCCUUUGUUAAAACUAAAACCAAGAGAGCAACGAAUGUGACAAUUAUAUUUGCUCUUUCAGCAGAAGGCGUUGAAUCAUAUCAUGCAAAGAUUGUGAAUGGCGGCACUACAGGUAAGCGCUCAAAGAAGCAAUAUAAAGCAUCUUUUUAUCUAUGUUUUUUCUAUAAAAGUGGCAACUAA